UUCCUGCUUUAGUAGGAAAAUGAGCAGGAAAAGCUGAACGUCAUCCUUGUUCUACUCUUCACGUGUUCGACUAUUCAAGCUGCAGAACAACAGCUCUGAAUGUGAUGCAGACAUAUCGCUGUUCUCCUUACUCUCUGAAAAUACCAGGAACUGGGAAAAAAAACGGCAUCAGAUUUCAGAUCAUUUAGGGAAUUCAGACUUGAACAGGCACUACUGACCAGCAAUAAAGUCGAUACUGGAUUUAAGGCACAAGGGGCUUGAACAAUGAAUGUUCAGUCUGUAUCAGAGAGCUGGAGAUCUCCAACUUUUCAAAAUGGCACACCUGUUAUAACCAACAAUAUUUCACUGAAGUCAAAAUUACAGACAUUCUUAGCAAGAGAUCCAAAGGCUUUGGGGACAACCCAGAUUAUGAUUGGAAUCGUGAUCAUCACUAUGGGAAUUGCUGUAAGUCUACCAGUUGAUACCUUUCUAAUAGGAAUUGGCCUGCCAUUCUGGAGUUCUGCACUGUUCAUCACAUCAGGUGCACUGACUGUCGCUGCAGGCAAUUACCGAACAGUCUGCAUUGUUAAUACCAGCAUGGCCUUCAAUAUUGUCAGUUCAGUUGCAGCCGUGAUCAGCAUCAUUCUUUACUCAUUUUAUUUUGUGCACGUCCAUUAUAUCAGAUACAGAUUAAGAGACGUGGGAGUGGAAGCAUCUGUAGUUUUCCUGGAAGUGUUUCUGCUCAUCUUUACUCUGUUGGAAUUUUCCAUCUGUAUUGCGAUUUCCAUUUACUCAUGCAAGGCAACAUGUUCUUGUACGGACAGUCAUGCUCAGAUGCCUGUGGUGGUUGUGCAGUACAAUGCCAAUCCAGAGACACACGCAGUCACACCUGUUCCAUCGUCCAACCAGAACAUGUCGGAUGCAUAAAACCACCUCCUGAUGAAUUCUUUGCAAGCAGAGGGAAAAUUUAAAUUUUACAUUUUACUGAUUAUACAGAUUUAUUAAUAUUGUUAUAGCUUUACUAAAAAAUAUUCUCUAUGUUUAUUUUUAUGCCACUUUUGGCAACAUUUACAUACAUAUCUUGAAAUUUUGAAUAUUAACAAAGCCAACAACAGAUCAGAGGAAAACACUUAAAUCAAAAUGGAGUCAACUACGCUUUGUAAAACCAGGUAUAAGGCACAUUAAAUUCUCCUGUUAAGCAUUGUGGAAUAUAUUCACUUAAGCAUACUCUUUCUGAAUUCUGCUUAAUAAAACUCCAUUGUGUCACUGUCA